AAUGCCUAGGCUAUGUCGAGCCUGUCAGGGUACGAUGUGAACGGGGGUGGUUGCGUGCAUCUAUAUAACCGGCCUUGUCGUGUCACAUUCGCGCACGCUCUCCUACCGACUUCCUCAGUGCACGUCGCAUCCUUAUUGACUGGGUAACUUAGGCUACUCACCGGGUCAUAGCUUUCGGCUCGAGGCAUAGCAUUGUCUUCACGAUGGCGGACACACAGACGACAAUCGCCACGGUUGCUGCCCCUGUGGCCUCAGUACGCGCCUCGGUAGACGAGAAGGCUGUCACUGGACAUGGUGUGAGCAAUGUAGACGAAGAGACGGUGUAUGAUGAGGAAGGCCACGAGAUCUGGCAGGGGCUCGUCUUGCCUACCGACGACGAGAAGGCGUCGCUACGCCGUGUCUCGGGAAAGAUGCCUUCUACCACCUACUGGCUGUGUGCCGUCGAGUUCGCUGAACGAGCCUCGUACUACGGCUGCAACCAGGUGUACAAGAACUUCAUCCGUGCACCUCUCCCCCUACCUCCCAAUGGUCCUGGUACCGGUGCCACCUACCCAGGCAGCGACUUCACUGCCGGUGCGCUAGGCAAGGGGUCUGCCGUAGCCUCAGCCGUCACGGAAUCUUUCAAGUUCCUGGCGUAUGCUCUGCCUGUCUUCUUCGGCUGGCUCGCCGAUACCAAGUACGGUCGUUUCAGGAUGAUUUGCCAGGGUGUUGCCAUCUGUGGUGUCGCCCACGUCAUCAUGAUCAUCUCUGCCCUGCCGCAAGUCCUUCAAUCUGGCAAUGCCUUUGGGCCCUUUGCCUUCUCCCUGUACCUUCUCGCCAUUGGUGCCGCGCAGUUCAAGCCCAACAUUUCCCCCACUCUCAUCGACCAGAGCCCUCACAAAAAGGCCCACAUCAUCACAGACUCGAACGGCGAGAAGGUCAUCGUCGACCCCGAAGAGUCCAUCAAUAGCGUGAUGCUGUGGUUUUACCUCCUCAUCAACGUCGGUGCCGUUUUCGGUAUCCCCACGACUUACCUCGCCAAGAUCGUCGGCUACUGGGCCGCAUACCUCAUCCCUACCAUCCUAUAUCUGCUACUCCCCCCCCUGCUAUGGUACCUGAACCCCCGCUUGAUCAAACAGCCCCCUGGAGGCUCAGACUUGGGCAAUGUCUUCAAGGUUCUCGGCGACAUCUUCGCCAACGGUGGCCUCAAGCAGAUCGGCCGGGGUGGCUUCUGGGAGAUCGGAAAGCCCAGCGUUCGACGUGCUGCGGGUAGCACCAAGGAGUACGCAUAUGACGACGUGUUUGUCUAUGAUGUGAAGCGUACCUUCCAAGCAUGCGCCAUUUUUCUCUUCGCCCCCAUUUGGCAGGUCAACGACUAUGGUCUUGGUGCCGCUGCCAACGCCUUGACUGCUGCUUUGGACACUAAGGGCCUGCCUAAUGAUCUAUUCGACAAUCUGAACUCUGUGACUAUAGUUUUUUUGGUCCCUAUCAUGAACCACCUCAUCUAUCCUUUUCUGCGAAAGAAGGGCAUCAAGUGGGGCUCCAUCUCCCGUAUCACCUUCGGCUUCGCUCUGGGUACGAUUGGCUCGAUCGGGUACGGUCUGCUGCAAUACUAUGUCUAUCAAACCUCACCUUGCGGCUACAAUGCCUCGACCUGCACGGAGAGAGUCGCUCCUGGCGAGCCCGCACUGUCGCCCAUCCCCUACCCUCUCUACGCCAUCCCCGUCAUCAUUGGUGCCGCCUCCGAGGUCUUCGUCAAUGUCUCACUGUACGGUAUCGCUUAUGCCAUGGCUCCCAAGAACAUGAAGGGUCUCGUGGCCUCCCUGAACCUGUUCAACAGCGCCAUUGCCGCUAUCCUUGGUCUGGCCGCCGCCCCGGCCAUCAAGGAUCCUAACCUAGUCUGGGUCUUCUUCGGACCCACCAUUGCCGGUGGUGUCCUGACUGUUAUCUUCUGGUUCUUGUUCAAGCACCUCGAUGACGAGGAAUUCGUCUUGAACACUGACUUCCGCGACAUGAAGCGUGAUUCCGACGUCAGCGAUGAGGAGACUCCCACUAUUGCUGCGGCCCCAAGCGAGAAGCAGGUUUUGGCCGGUGACAAGAAGGAGUAGAUAUAGAUACUGUCUAGGGUUCCAUCCUAGCCCUUACCUAGGAUGGAGGCUGUAUAUAACCACGUGGAGAUCAGCGAUGAUACCAGAUAAAUGAUUAGAUAAGAAAACAAAUAGAGUGACAUCGAUCGUGUGUAUAUCAACAUCCUCAC